CCCGGCAAGGUGCGCGACGUUCGCUCGGUCGGUUUCUCCGCGUACGUAGUGUCGCGUAAAAGUAUUGUACGGCAAAGUGUCUCAUCGCCACGCGUGACUAUCAGCCAGCGUUAUGGCGUAAAAGAGUGAACCGCAUAAAUUACCGUCGACCGUAAGUCGCGUGUAAAUUUGUUUUGAACGACGAUUCGAACGUGUUUUUUUGUGCACCGCUGUAUGUAUACGUGUUACAGGAAUCUGUCAAUGUGCCGUCUCACUCGCGAUCUCAGCUGAUUCGCGCGUGUGUAUAGACGUUUCGAUCCACUUCGCUGUCUGUCGGCACCGAUAGUGUCUGAAUCCGCCGUUAACGGCACGGAGGUACAGUGUUCGCCUGUCAAAGGAGAUCGGCGAAGCAUGCGUGGAGAUGCGCGCGGCCGCAUCGUGGCUUGAUGUGACUCGUGCGCGGUUUUGAGGUUAUUUCGGUACUAUUCUCGUGUAACUGACCUAUACCCUGUCCCGACGGAAAACUCCCGGAUCUUUUAUUUCCACUCUGACGCUCCGAGCGACGAGUCGCGUUUCCGACGGUUCGCGCUGCCGACGUUUCGCAUAAAUUACAAACUGCGGCUGAACGUGCAGUGUGUGCUCUAACCUAAAAAUUGAAUUCAAGAAUUAUUCGAAAUGUGUUUCAUCGCGUGAACGUGUUUUGUCAGAGACUCCAAGAGACUCUUUAUUUUCGUGAGGAUAUCUUUGCAUCAUUUGCAUGCAAUGUCAAUGAAUAUUUUGCGCUGGCACGUCAUUUUCUCAUGAUGUCAAACUUAUUGUUUGUGCUUGACAAAAACAGCGAGCUACUGUGACAACACGUCAGAACUUAUAGACUUAGUUUUUAUCUGUAUAAGUCGGAAUAAGUCGGCAACAUGUUGUGCAUAAAGAAGUUGUACCGGGAGGAGUUGCUGCAACUAGCUUUGCUGCUCUCCUUACUGCGUGUAGAUCCAGAAUCUUAUCUAGGUCUGGAUAUUCAAACCAUCAAUGUGGGAUCUUUGGAUCUCAACAAUGGAUCUGGAUGGCACACGGAUCACACAAUUAUCCAUCGUCCGAUGUUUGUGCACCCAAAGAAUCCAGAUUCUAUGCUUCUCAACUAUCAAAGGGAUUUGUUUGAAGAACUGAAUUCAUUAGGCAGAUACAAUAGAAUGAAUUCUGGUCUGAAUGCUAUACAAGCUUAUCUAUUAAAUGUUGAAGAGUCUAACACAGAUACAUCAUUAGCAGGACCUAGUGUACCUGUUUCCACAAAUACAACUAGGAAUAUGACAUCUCCUGAUCCACCAACUUCUGCGCAAAGCCCUGCAUCACCAGUUAGUGCAGCGGAACUUACUCAAGAGGAUAUGGAUCUGAUCGAGGUCCUGUGGAAACAAGAUGUGGAUCUGGGAUUCACGCUGGUAGAACCGGCCACGGCGCCCACUAAAAAGCCGUCAACAUCGGAAAAGAAAUCGGCGGACGAAAUUGAGAAGUUGAAAACCUUGGAAGCUAUCAAUGCCACCAAUCAAAAGGACGAUGCCAAGGAGCCCGAGCCGCAGGAGGAUGAUCCGUGGGCAGGACUUCCCUACACAGUGGAUCUGGAAACCGGUGAAUACAUUCUCAAUUCCGGUAGCCAAAACGGUAGUGGAAGUAGCAUCGUCGAAGAGGACGAUCCGCUUCUCAACGAAGCAUCGUUGGCAUUAGACAACCACCCCUUGGCUGACCUGUCCGAUGAUUCUCUGGGGCUAAACGACACUCUAGGAUUCGAGCAUGACUUUACUUCAGAGUUACUCGGAGGUAGUCUUUUGGAAAACGCCGGCGUAGAGGGCCUUCUUACCAACGAUACUCUUGGCUUGCCCGACGAAUUUAAUCUUGAGGAGGCGCUUCAGCUCGUUGGCCUCGAUGAGGCUCAACCAGAGGAAACGAAGCCGGAAGUGAAGAAGAAGAAGAAGAAAGAGGAUAGCGUCGAAGACUCCGCAAGUGCAGAGGGUGACGCGGCCAUCAGUAACAACGCCUCGAGUAACGUCGAGGUCACAAAGUCAUCCAGGUGCGAGGAUCCUGAAACCGGCGACAUGAUUCACGCAUCGCAUCCCCAUUAUCCCCAUCAUCCACACCACCGCUCCUUCCAGAGGGUACACAUGAACGACGUGGAGCAAGCCUUCGUCAAGCCGCAUCCGCAGACCAACGAGCACACGUGCCAAGGGAAUACAGAAUGUUGGAGUCUGAUAUUAGACGAAGGUCUUCUCCAGAAUUUAACAAACAGUAGCGAGCCAAUGGGAGCAGAAAGUGGUGCGACUUACAAAUCUGAACCCACUGAUAUGAUGUAUUAUCACACACCAGCAACAGAUUCUAUCAACCAAACCACGGACGGAUUUCUUUCGUCCUUACUCAAUGACGAGGAUUUGCAUCUGAUGGACAUGGCCGUGAACGACGGCAUGUAUACCAUGCGCAUGUUGGACAAUGGUAACAACAAUGCAUCCGGACCCACCGGUGCAGCGACUCUACCGGGUGUACAAGCCGCUGGCGGGACAACUUCGACGGCUGCGGCUGUCACGACUCUACCUGGUGUAACCGAUGAAAGGAUGGACGCUUCGAGCGACAGUGCUGUUAGUAGCAUGGGCAGCGAACGCGUACCAUCGCUCUCGGAUGGCGAGUGGAUGGAAACUGGAUCCAAUUCCAGCCAUACUCAAGCUGACUCUCAUUAUACUAUGGAUUAUGCUGGCAAAUAUCGCAUGCCAUAUGACUGCAGCUACUCGGUAACCGCGAGAAAUGCUGGCUCCCCGAGAUGUCAAACAGAACGGACUAUACCGCCGCCGGUCGCACAGAAAAAACAUCAAAUGUUCGCCAAGCGAUAUUUUCAGGAGCAAAACACCUGCUCGCCUUUGGGAGCUACCGCACAUCCGACCACUCCGAUGAAAUAUGAAUAUGACACGCAUACGGUGGGUGCGGGUGCACCAGGGAAUACAUAUUCUGGACCAAUCGAGGGUGCAGCCGGACCACAGCCAGAAAUUAAAUAUAGUUGUAGCGUGGAUUUCAGCCGUCAUCAAUCUGGGCGAUCUGCAAUAGAACAUGUACAUCACAAUCACACCUAUCAUUUGCCUGCCGAAAGCUCAGGAUCUCUUCAACGUCCUAUUUCCCGCGACAAGAAAAUUCGCAAAAGUGAGGCGGAUGAGCAUCUAACAAGAGACGAGAAGAGAGCGAGAGCAUUGAGUGUACCGAUUGCAGUCAGUGAUAUCAUCAACCUUCCUAUGGACGAGUUUAACGAACGUCUCAGUAAAUAUGAUCUCAGCGAAGCCCAAUUGUCCUUAAUACGCGACAUUAGAAGACGAGGCAAAAACAAAGUUGCCGCACAGAAUUGUCGCAAACGCAAAUUGGAUCAAAUUAUAAGCCUGGCUGAUGAAGUGAAAGAGAUGCGAGACCGUAAGAUGAGGCUUAUCCGUGAACGUGAGUUUAUGCUCAUCGAGAGACAGCGAGUAAAAGAUAAAUUUAGUCAACUUUAUCGUCAUGUUUUUCAGUCCUUACGGGAUCCAGAUGGUAAUCAAUACCAUCCGUACGAAUACAGUCUUCAACAGUCUGCGGACGGGAACGUUCUGUUAGUUCCCAGAAAUCAAACAAAUCCGCACCAGUCACGACAGUCUUCGAUGGAGCCGAAGACUAAACCCGAUCCUGAGCACAAGGAAUGAAACCAAGGAAUCGAAGGAUCAUAUGUCAAUGUGAUUGGUUAUCAAAGAACUUCUUCAACAGUACGUGCGUUUAAAGCACAGUGAAAGCGAACACAGUGUCAGGGAUUGAGAAUCGUACGCUUUAAUAAAUUUAUUGCGCAUAACUUUUAACAAGUAGAUCUUGUGAUCUUACACUUGUCACAUCUCACACUGUGUUUAAACGAACAACGAAAUUCGACGAAAAUGCUAGCUGCUCACAAACGCAGCCAUGUGAUUUCCGGCAAUUGAUUUUUUAAUACGUUUAGAGAUUUUAGUAGGAGAAAAUAGGAUUUAUAAUCCCAAGUGGUUUUUGUAUUGAUGGGUGAUACUACAGUUUUCAGUUAUUUUUGACUAUGUAUGUUUAUAUAUUUUUUACAUCCAAAGGCCACAAAUUAGGCAAAAAAAACAAAAAAAAUGAAAUGAAAAAUGGCUUAAUGAAUUUUGAUGAAAUUUGCAGGGAAGGUAAUCUAGGGUGAAAGAAGAAAAA